AUGAUGGCCGCUACCGAUGGCCACGCGCCCGGCGAACCUCCUCACCGCCACCAGAGAAACAAAUCGGUUCUGCGCUCUUUAAUGCGGCAUCGCCGGAACAACUCAGACGAUGAGGCUCCAUCGCCGACACCCCUGCCCAUUACCACCCGAGGUCCUGCCCCCUUGGAGGAGACGUCUCACAACCGCCACCAGGACCCGUUUGCUGGUCCCUAUCUGCAGGCCGGAAAGCACGUCCUCUCCAGCCACGACCGCCUGCCUCGAACACCUGUCGCCAUGUCGCCCACGAGAAAGUCCAAGCUCACCAUCGACACACGAGCCGGUGGUCCCUCCAACAACGAGAACAAGCCGCCUCCCACGCCUUCCCCUAAGAAGUCCAACUUCGCCGGCCUGCUGUCGCGUCCAAAGUCGCUCAGAAACAUAGACCAGUCCGCCAACUUCAAGAAGGACAAGACUCGCACGGCCAAAGACAAGGAGAAUUGCACGCCGCCGGGCUCAGUUACAUACCCCGCCACUGCCGACCCGUCACCACCCAUCUAUGCCCAGUUCUGCAAAGACAAUCCUGCCGACGUCCCCAACGCCGACCUUUCCGCCUCGCUGCAGUCGGUUCACAAUCCCAACGGCCACAGCCGUAACCGUCGGCCUUCGCUCGAAGAGAUCCCUGCUCGCACCAGGACGCACACUACCAGCGUACGGCCCAAGUCUUUCCAUCCGGGUGCCACCAACGGCACCUCGUCUGUGAGCAUGGCUGCUGAGGCGCGUGGUCCCGUCAUCGAUCCCAAGGACAUCGACACCCAUCUUGAGGCUCUUCUUGACCGUCGAAACAUCCCCGAGCACCAGCGCUACAAGAUGCGCAGCCUGGCCGCCACCAUCAAGAUGGAGUUCAUCCGCCAGGAUUGGGCCGAGAGCCGUGCCAAACGCUCCACGAGCAACGAGAGCAUGCCCUCGCCAAGCUCUCCGGCUCCGUCGUCCGGCUCCAAUCCCACUGCAGCUGCCUCCUCCAUCACCCUGGCCACCUCGACCGACACGGCCACGAAGCCCGGCAAGCCUGACAAGUCCUCAAAGUCCAAGCACUCGCGUGUCAAGAGCCUGACACUCUCCAGGGUCACCCGUGGCCGCAGUCGUGAUCGUGAGCGUGCUGAGGCUGAGAACGGCAGCGCUGCCGCCGCCCGUCGCAAGAGCCCCGGCUUAUCGCUUCGGAAGAAGGCCGAGGACACCCUGGGCCGCCGCCUGCGAUCCAAGUCCAACGAGAGCAUGGCCUGCUCGGCCGGCGUCGAAUCUUCCGAUGCCGCUACUGCUGCCGCUGGCGCGAGUGCAACCGGCCAUGGUAGCACUUUUGCCGGCCUGUUCAACAAGGCCAAGGCCCAGCACCACACGCCCGGUGACUUUGUCCAGUACCUGCGCACCGUUCAAAAGCCCGAGAUGGUCGAGGUCGGCAAGCUGCACAAGCUCCGUCUGUUGCUGCGAAACGAGACCGUCGUCUGGACCGAGGAGUUCAUCGGCCUCGGGGGUAUGGAGGAAACCGUCGGCCUGCUGCACCGCAUCUUAGCCAUCGAAUGGCGCGAGGAACACGAGGACGCCCUGCUGCACGAAAACCUCCUUUGCCUCAAGGCCCUGUGCACCACCGCCCUCGCUCUGCAGUAUUUGCACGACACCCAGGCCAGCCUGUUGCCAGCCCUGAUCCACAUGAUCUUCGACCCGGAGAAGAAGGGCCCAAGCGAAUUUACCACCCGCAGCAUUGUCACCUGGCUGCUGUUCACGUACAUCCAGAGUGCUUCGUUGCCCGACGAGCGUGCUGCCCGUGCCAGCGCCGUCCUGACAUAUCUGCGCGACCCGGCUCCCAGCGAGUCCGCUCGGACUGUCAGCUUCGUGCUGGAAAUGCGCAGAGACCGGCCGUACCGCGUUUGGUGCAAGGAGGUCCUCAGCGUCACCAAGGAGGUCUUCUGGAUUUUCCUGCACCACCUCAAUGUCAUCGCGCUGCCGGCGGCCACGAGGACCCAGAACGUGGGCUUCCCUGACAACCAUAGCGUAUCGGCUGAUGACGACAGCAGUUCUGAGGUUGCAGAUUGUCCACCGCCACCGCCGUCGCACACGACAACCCCGCCAUCGUCGUACAUGGUUCGCCACUUUCCCAAAGAGAGGCCGCCAGUCCCGGCCGCUCCGUACGUUGGCGGUGUCGAAUGGGAAGCCACCAACUACCUGGCUUCACACCUCGACCUCGUCAAUGCCAUUCUGGCCUGCACGCCGACAGCGGCUGAGCGCAACCAGCUGCGUGAACAGAUGCAGAUGUCCGGCUGGGAACGCUGCAUGGGCGGCAGCCUUCGUCUGUGCAAGGAGAAGUUUUAUGGCGCUGUCCAUGACGGUCUGCGCACCUGGAUUGCCGCUGCCUAUGAGGACGGAUGGGAUGUGCGUGACGUCCGUUACGGGCCUCCUCCCCCGGCCCCGCCGUCUGCGUCGGAGAGACAGAACGAUGUGAAGAAGGUGCCGCCUGCUCUUAGUGGCCCCACGAUAGACGUGCCGGCGCCCAAGAUUGAAAUCCCGAAGCUGGACUUUGUCAUGGACGCCGACUUGUAA